AUGUCAUCCAUUCCUGGCUCGCCUGUUCGAGCCGACCGGAACGCUCGCUCCAUGUUGGAGUCUCAAGACGUACUGGAUAAUGCCAAUAGUCAAUCAUUCAACUCCAACGGAAAGAACGUUGCUGGCAGCCCUGCCAGCAGUAUCCUUGAUGGCAGUAUUAAUAGCGCGCUCACUGAGGGUGGCCAGAGUGUCAGCAGUUUAGGAGGACUGAACCAUGUCAAUGAUGGUGUCAGUGGUUCGACAGUUCAACGGAGAAUGUCAAGAGCAUACGACCCCAACAACGAGCUUCUGAACCAGCAACUAGGCUCAAUGGAAGACAACCAAAGGGUCAACACAUCUGCGCGUGCCAGAGCAUUGUCCUCGGGUUCAAUCCAAGUGGACGACACCAUACUCGUAGCUGAGAAAGAGUCAUGUUGGAAGACAUGGCUACGGAAAAAGGUUCCUAUGUAUGGAUGGCUCUACAACCCAGGAUACAGCCUCAUAAAUCUGCCAGAUGACCUCAUUGCGGGCAUCACCAUAUCUACUGUUGUUAUCCCUCAGAGUAUGGCGUAUGCUAUGCUCGCACCUCUGCCUCCCGUGUAUGGUCUUUAUACAUCCGUUGUUCCCAUUUUGAUUUAUUGCAUCUUUGGUACAAGUCGACACAUGCAUACGGGUACAUUUGCAAUUACAACGCUGCUUCUAGGUCAGGCGGUGCGUGGCCUAAUGGCGCAGAAUACCCUGUCAGGCCCAUCUGACCAAUUCAAUCUCUUCAGCGCAUUGUUUAACGACGCUCAGGCCCUCACUAUGGCAACAUCUGAAGACCCUGAGUAUGAGAGACGAUUCAUUGGUAUGCUUCUCAUGCUCUCGUUCGUGGUCGGUCUAGUUCAAGUCAUUAUGUCGUUCCUUCGGGUUGGAGGAUGGGCAUCUAAACAUCUACUACCGGAUGCUCUUGUCGGUGGUUUCAACACAGCCGCUGUUUUUCACAUUGGAACAUCUCAACUGAAACAUUUUUUGGGAAUCAAGUCUAUGCCGUCUUCUCAAGGCGCUUUUGCACUUUUAAAGUCUUGGAUUUGGAUCGCGACUCAUUUUCUUGAGGAAACCAACUGGUACACAGUCUUGCUGGGGUCCAUCGCUAUCAUAUUCAUGCUUAUCAUGCGAAAAUUAGAGCGAAAAAGAAAAGCCGCUUACGAGAUUCAACAGCGAAAGAAGGAAAUGAUGCUUGUCCAACAGAGACAGGCAAUAUCUGCAGCAAUCGCUAGGGAUCGCGAACAGCGACGAGGGCAACAGCCACCAGGAACUGAUUCCCAUGUUUCUAAUAAUACACUUCUGGCACUAUAUUCCGAUUCUCCUUCCUCAAGCACGGUAGCAUCCAGCACUUCGCUUCGAACGGCUCAUGGAAAUCUAGAAACUGGAUCAUUCUCCAAUAAUACUAGAGAGCAUGGUGACGUCGAGCAGGCUCUGGUGGAUGAAGGCUUGAACUCAACAACUGCAGAGGAUCACCAGAUCUAUAUUCCUAUCCCUGACAUCCUGUUAGCUGUAAUCAUCCUGACGAUCGUAAAUGUUGCCUUCUCUCUUGAUACCCCACGGUCAGAAGGCGGCUGGGGCAUUGAUGUGAUUGGACCGAUCCCGAAAGGCUUACCAAAGAUUAUUUUCCCUGCAAGUCUGAUCACAUCUGGAUCGGAGGAAUGGAUGACACUUGAGUUUGUCAAAACAGUUUUGCUACCAAUGGUGCAACCCGGGCUACUGAUCGCUGUCAUUAUCUACGUUAUGUCUUUCUCUAUUGCCAAGCAAUUUGGAAAGCGAUACGGAUACAAAGUUGAUCCAAAUCAGGAAAUGCUUGCGUUAGGACUCGCGUCGAUGGGUGGCUCCAUCUUCAGCGGAUAUGCAUGCACAGGCAGCCUAACCAGGACCGCAAUUUUGGCCCAGUCUGGUGGCAAGACUCCAUUGGCAAGCAUGGUUGGUGUCAUGACAGUCACUCUGACCCUUGUGUGCCUGACUUGGUGCUUUGAGCGUGUCCCUAAUGCUGUAUUGGCGGCGAUUGUCUUAGUAGCGCUACAGUCUCUGAUCAUGCAAAUUAACGAGCCAUUCAAACUUUGGAGAUUAGGCCAGCAAAAGGCCUCUUUUAUUUGGAGCGUCACUUUUGUGGCAGUACUUAUAAUCAGCGUUGAGCUAGGAAUUGGUAUUGGAAUCGGGGCUGUCUUGUUAUCAACGGCGUAUUCCUGGUUCAUGGAUUAUCGUCAUGAAGACGAACCAUUGCUCAGGAAUCGGCGCCAUCAUCGCCCUUCCGGGCUGGAGCAAGAGCAAAAUAACAAUAUCGAUAGACAGAACCAUAGAAGCGGUGUUCGGCUUUCUGCUCCUGCGUCUCCUGUCUUGCGAGGAGUGGAUUGGAAGACAAAAAUGAUGAGAACAAAGUGGGGUGGACGCAUAGGUUCUUUCUUUGGCCUGGAACGUCCAAUUUUUUCCGAUUCGACUAAUACAGAUGACGAGCAUCAACCCGAGCAUCACUAG